GAAGAUGCCCCCACAAGAGACACUGAUCAAAACCUUCGCCUUUUUUGCGUCUUUGGUGUUUUUUCCCCCUCUGUAGCGAGUGAAAUUCCACUGCCCCACCACCCCUGGCUGGCCACCUCCCCCCUCCACUCCUCCAUGUUCUUCCUCUGCUACUAGGUUCAGACAGGGAGAGAGCUGCUCCUCUGCCAUAACCGCCCACUCAAGCCAGGAAAGAACCCACUCACCCACCACGCCUCGCUCCGAUUUCGUGUUCACAGGGCAUCCCGGGCUGGUGGUGCUAGGACGCGCUGAGCAGCUGCGGCAGCUGCAGGGAGUCCACAAUGCUGGGCGCCAAGAGCAAAUCUGGCCUGGCCGAGGCCAAGGGCGGCAGCAAGGCGAGCGGCAAGCCGGCGGAGGCCAAGAGCAACGGCAAGGGCACGCCACCGACACCCAAGGGCGACACGCCGCCCACGCCCAAGAACGAGCGGCCCAGGAAGCCGGCCGUCCCCAAGGCGAAUGCCGCCCACGGCACGCCGCCCAGCGCGCCGCGCACCGCCGACAAGUCCCCCAGGUCAGCCGACCGCAAGUCGCCCAAGACCGCCACCACCCGGAUCGCCGCCACCACCCCUCCUCCAGAGAAGCAAGGGAAGGUCGCUAAGCCGUCUCCGGAGCCGCAGCAGCAGGCUGCGAAGCCCUCACAGGAGCUGCAGGCGCAGCUUGACGCGGUCCAGGAGGCGCUCAAGCAGGCGAUGGCGCAGCUGGUGGAGAAGGAGGAGGAGAAGGGCAAAGUUCUUGACGAACUCGAGCACGCCAAGAAGGUGGCCGACGAGGCCGACGCCAAGCUCAAGGAGGCGCUCGACGCGAAGAGCGCGACCCUGGAGGUCAAGAAGGUGCCGGACAUCGAGCUGGAGCAGGCGAGCGAUGAUCCUGCGCACGGCGGCGAGGAGGAUGAGCUGCGGGGGAAGCUGAAGAGCAUGCAGAGCCAGCAGGAGGCUGAUGCCGCGGCGCUGCAUUCGACGGUGGAGCAGCUGGAGAAGGCGAGGUACGAGCUGGCAGACGCGAUCGAUGCCAAGAACUGGGCGCUCAGCCAGGCAGACGACGCCAUGAGGGCGUCCGAGGUGAAUGCUCAGAAGAUCGAGCUCCUCAACGCCGAGGUGGGGCGUCUGAAAGGGCUGCUUGAUUCCGAGGUGGAGAGCAAGUCGAGGGAAGCUGCUGACCAAAUUGGGAAGCUUGAGGCAGAGAAUUCCACGUUAAAGCUUGAGUUGGAGAAGGCAAAGCUGGCUGAGAAGAGGGUGGUUGAAUUGGAGGGUGUUGUUGAACAACUUAGAGCUGAUGUUGCUAAGGCCGAGAAGGCGAGCGCAAGGUCAGACGAGUUAACUGAGAAAUGGAAGAAGAAGGUGCAGCUGCUGGACUUCCAGUUGGAGGAAGCCAACCAGUCUAUCAUUCUCAAGGGCAAGUCUUUGGAUUCGGUGGUGGAAGAACUAGAUGAAACUAGCACUUUGCUUAAAACUAAAGAAUGUGAAGCUGCUGCACUUCAUGACAACGUCAGAUCCUUGGAGGGUGAGGUGAGUAGGCUCAAGGGAGAUAUGGACGUGACGAGUGAGCGUCUUGAUGCCGCAGAGAAAGAAGCAGCCGACUUAAGCGCAGAGGUCGAAGGGCUAACGCUGAAGCUACAGGCCAUAGAAAAGGAGAAAAUAGAGGCGCUACACAACGACGAGCUUGCAAGUUCAGAAAUUGCGGCCCUGACUGAGCAAAAGAACGAGCUAGCCAAGGAGCUAGAAGCUAGCAAAGAUGAAGUCGAGAAGGUCAAGAAGGCAAUGGAAGGUCUAGCCUCUGCCUUGCACGAAAUGUCUGCUGAAUCGAGAGACGCGCAGGAGAAAUACCUCAUCAAACAAGAAGAGAUUGAGCGUGCUCGGGCACAGGUAGAGGAACUCAACAUGAGCCUGCAGAACGCCAAGGAGAGCUACGAGGUGAUGCUUGAUGAAGUAAACUACGAGAAAGUUUGCCUCAAGAAGUCUGUUGAAAGAUUGGAGGCUGAAGCUAAGAGUGUGUCUGAGGAAUGGCAGCCCAAAGAACAAAGUUUUAUCAACUCUAUUAAGAAGUCGGAAGAAGAGGUCGCCGCUAUCAAAGUUCAAAUGGACAAGUACUUGGCCGUAGUGAGCGAAAAAGAGGCUGAAAAUGCUGAGCUGGUGGAGAAGAUGAACCAUCUUGAGGCUCAGCUACUGGAAGCAAACAAAACUAGCGAGGAAGCCAAGGCCGAGACCCUCCAACUGAAAGACAAACUUUUAGACAAAGAAAAUGAAUUGCAAAACAUACAACAGGAGAAUGAGGACUUGCAGGCAAGGGAAUCCGCUGCUUCUGAGAAGAUAAAAGAGCUCUCUUCUCUAGUGCCAAAUGGAGCGACAAAUGGCGGUAACAAGGAAGAAGAUAAUGACAAUGGAGGCGGCGUGGACGACGAACCGGUCGUGGUUGUUGCCAAGAUGUGGGAGAACAGCAAGGUCACCGACUACGACUCGACCAAGGAGAAGGAGAAUGACGGUGAAUCGGAAGUCGAUCUGGAGUCCAACAAGGGAGACACUACAGUCGACAGCAAUGGGUUGCAGUCAGGGAAGACAACCAAUGGCAGCACAUCACCAACCAAACAGCAGCAGCAAAAGAAGAAGAAAUUUAAAUUUGGUGGUUUGCUGAAGAAAAAGAGCACAAAUUAGCAUAAGAUGAUCUUAUGUUACGUGACAUCUCUUUUCUUUGUUGUAUGCUAUGUGACAUCUCCUUUCUUUGACUAGCCAUCUAGUUUCCGAGUCUUGCCUCUUCGUCAUGGUAAAGCAAGUGUUGGAUGUUUCAGAGAAUACAGAAGGCCGAUUGUAUUUA